AUGGCAGAUCCUCUGACCCUGAACGUAUGUCCGACGUGUUCCAAGUCGUACAAACGAGCCGAGCAUUUGCGUCGCCACCAGCUCUCGCAUGGCAGCGAACGGCCCUACGUGUGCGUCCUCUGUCGCAGCACGUUUCAGCGCUCUGACGUGCUCAAAAGGCACCUCAAGACGUGUGAGACGGUCGCUGAUGCUGACGCUGACGCCACGUCGGAUUUUGAGGAGCCCCACCCCAAGAGGCUGGCCUUGUCCCAGUCACAGGAAGACCCGGGCUUGUCGUUCCUACGUCCUCCUACCAUGCGAUCUGAUAUGCCAAUCACAGACGACGACGAUUCGGGUCUCAUUCCCGUUGACACUUUCGAGCACAUCACGGGCUGGAUCUCAUGUGGGCUGUCACCCCCGCCGGCGCACGGUCUCGAUGACGUGUGGCAGGAUUUCCUGAACUUCAACAACUCCGGGACACAGACUCCGCAGGCAGGCCACCCAGCCGAGAGUGCCACAGACCAGGACAUCGACUCGUUGUGCUUCCUCGACACUUUCACCAGUACCACCGGGUUUGUGUCCUCGUUUGACUGCGGCACGCUGGAGCAACGGCGCCGUGUCAACGCCUACUACUACCACCACAACUCUGACACUGCCAAGCUGGGUGGUCUGGAGAAGUGCUCGGCGACACAAUCCAAGUUGAUAAGCGCAGACAGCACGGACAAACAUAGAGAUGGCCCUGGCCCCGGCUAUCAUGCAGCCGGGGAAGGCAACCCAUCGGCAGUGGGGAAUACCAGCUUAAGCCGCUGGCUUUCCGAUCCGCUCUCCUUCAAGUGCCACGAAAUCGUGACCUCGAUCAGAAACAUCGUGCUGCACAAGUCGCGAAAGAGCUACAUUGCCUUGUCGUGGUCACCCUCGAUCCACGAGACCUGCGCCCAGUUCUUCUUCCCCGCCAAUGUCCGGCGGUUCGUGCAGCUGUACUGGGCGGUGUGGCACCCCAACGUGAACAUCGUGCACAAACCCACGUUCGACCUGACGACGGCCAAAGCCGAGCUUCUGGCGGCUAUGGCUCUGAUCGGUGCCUGUGUCUCUCCGGACCAUACCGACGCCGAGAACGCAAAACGGUGGUUCAACUGCGUCGAGGAAAUGGUCUUUGACGACGACGAUUUCUGCGACGACCCGCCGAGCGCGACACUCGCCCGCGGCGACGGCGACGGCGACUGCGAACUCCGGUGGCGGCGACGGAAGAUCAGGGCUCUGCAGGCCUCGUACAUGGUCUGCCUCUUUCAGAACUGGGAGGGCACGACGUCCAGCAAGCGGCGGAUCCGGCGGCAGCGGUUCAGCAUGGUCAUCGCGGCGGCGCGGGACGUGGGGAUCCGCAAUGCCCGACACCCCGACUACAGCCAGAUGGACCUUUGCGAUUUCUCUUUCGAAAACUUUGCCGUCGUCGAGGAGUUGAUCCGCGUGCUGCUGUGGGUGUUUCUGCUCGACACGGCGUUUGUCAUCUUCAACAACCUGCCGCCGCGGAUGGUGGUUCGUGAAAUGAGGAUGAAUGCCGCGUGUCCCGAAGCGUGUUUCCAGGCCUUGACGGCGGAGGAGUGCUUCAGGGCUCUGCAAUACCGGCAUCAACGACAAAGCAACACACAACCAAAGGUGUCGGACGACUUUACGGCGGCCUUUGAGCUGCUCUACCGGCCCGACCUCGACGAGGAAGCCAGCGUGGCCCUGGCCGACCUGGGCCCGCUGAACCUCUUCGCCAUGACCUCGGCGCUGCACUCGCUGAUCUUCCACCACCAGAGCUCCUUCAGCUGCCAGGGCACGCUGGACCCGAUCCACCGCGCGCUGCGCUCCUGGCGCCGAGUCUGGCACGUCUACCUGACCCGAUUCGCGCGCGAGCCGCAGCACGCCACCCUCGCGGGGGACCUCGACCUCGACCAUCUCGAGCCAGGCGAGAUGUGGCGCCGCGUGGGAUUCAUGCGCCACGCAAAUGAAUACUGGUACCUGGCCGAGCUGAUGGUCGAGCGUCUCUCAGCACCACCGCCACUUGAUCCUGGUGCUGCAGCUCCUGAACCCACCGAGACGAUGACCAGCACCACCAUCACGACGGUGGCAGCGCAAUACCCCCAGAGUCCCCUGAGUGCUCGUGCUGCGGGCAAUGAGACGCCAAUGAGCCAUGGGCCCCUGCUCGACAAAUACGACGAGACGAGCAUGCAGCAGGUGAACUCGCUGAUCUCGGACUUUCAGACGUUUCGGAUUCACUAG